GUUGCCUUCGGUUUAUUCGUCUGGUUCAGAUGAGUUGUGGGAUAUGGAGACAACGACGAAAAGACGUAGUUCGCAACAAAACUCAAUAAAGUUUAUAAAUUUUAAGCUUACAAACAUCCAUAAAGCUCGGAUCGAAUCCAUAUAUAUAAAAAAAAUUAGGGCUCAAUUUUAUUCAAUGAGCACCCCUGAUUUUCAGGCACAAUGCAGUGAAAUUCGGAUGUUUUACGCCCAGAUUAAUCAUGGUUUCUACAGCCAAGAUAAAAGCUAUAGAUUUUUUCAGGAAAACUCCAAGAGAUUUGACAGAGGCAUCACUAUCAGGUGCCGGGAUUUCAAUAAUAGCUGCUGUUUUCAUUAUUUUUCUGUUUGGAAUGGAGCUACAUAGUUAUCUGACUAUUAGCACCUCAACCGCUAUCAUAAUUGACAAAAGUAAUAUCGAGGACAGCGUACGCAUAGAUCUCAACAUCAGUUUCCCGGUUUUAUCGUGUGAGUUUGCAUCCGUUGAUGUGAGCGAUGUCUUAGGAACAAACAGGCUAAACGUAACAAAAACCAUUCGCAAGUAUUCAAUCAAUCGGGAUUUGAAAUCUAAUGGCUUCGAAUUCGAAUUUGACAUUUUGCCAUCACAUGUGCUUAAGCAUGAUGAAAUCGUUGACGAGACAUACGGUGAAGGAUCUAUCACACUAAAUUCACAUAGUUUUAACAAACUCCUUCAUGAGCAUCCAGUUGUGGCCGUAAAUUUCUUUGCUCCCUGGUGUCACUGGAGUAGGCUUCUGAAACCCGCGUGGGAUAAAGCAGCUAAAGUUAUGAGACAAAGAUAUAAUCCGGAGCAUGAUGGUCGUAUAAUUGUUGGAAGUAUUGACUGCACUCAAGAACCGGACUUGUGUCAAAAGCAUCACAUACAGGGUUAUCCGUCAAUUCGCAUCUUCCGUAAGGGCAGCGAUUUUGGUGCUGUUGGGGAUAAUCUUGGUAUGAAGGUUCAUGAAUCAUAUUACGGAGAUCGAGAUACCGAUAGCUUGGUUAUGAAAUUGGAUAGUUUGGUAUCGUCUAUUGGAUUGGAUUCCGUAACACAUGAUUUCAUUGAUUAUGCGACGGUUAGAACUGCACCGCAUCAAGAAGGUUGUAGGAUUGAAGGAUUUUUAUGGGUCAAGAAGGUUCCAGGAAAUCUGGUCAUUACAGCAAGUUCAAAAUCACACUCGUUUGACGCUUCACGGAUGAACAUGUCACAUGUGAUUUCUACUUUAUCUUUUGGUCCGUCAAUUACUCCAACGAUGAUGAGUGAUAUAAAGCGAUUAGGACCUUACCUUGGUGUAGGCCACAACAGGUUGAAUGGCCAAGCAUACAUAACCAAGCGAGAAGAUCGCGCAAAUGUUACAAUCGAGCAUUAUCUUCAAGUUGUGAAGACGGAGGUGUUAGGGUUAUCUCAUAAGUUGAUUGAAAACUAUGAGUAUACCGCACAUACUAGUUUGAUACAUGCCAAUACCAUUCCCGCUGCAAAGUUCCAUCUAGAGUUUUCUCCUAUGCAGGUUUUAAUAACUGAAAACUUGAAGCCGUUUUCUCAUUUCAUCACCAACCUUUGUGCCAUUAUUGGUGGUGUAUUCACGGUUGCUGGAAUAUUGGAUUCGAUUCUUUACAACACGUGUAAACUUGCGAAAAAAAUCGAACUGGGGAAAAAUUUUUAGAUCAGAUCCUGGUGUAUACCAGUUGGUUGAUUUAAUUUUCCACACAUUUUUGCCACAGAAAUCUAGUAUAUCAGGUCAAGUGCUUUAGUAGUUAUUCCUUAGCAAUGACCUACAUUAUGCAAAAAAAAAAUGGUAACACCGAGCGGUUAGAAUGACAGUUACGACAGUUAAUUUUUUCUUCCUUUAUCCGUUUUAUAUGUUGAACGCUCUUCACACGA